GAUUUCUGGAUGAAGUUUGUCUCUCAGCUGAUGUCUGGAGACAUUUAGAGACACUCAGAGACAUUUAGAGACACCUGGAGACGCACCGGGGACCGGAGGCCGGCUAGCGGGGCUGUGAGGACCAGAACCAGCCGUUAGAGGAGGUUAUUCUCUGCAGCAGCAGGUUCCUGUCUGCUGGUACCCACAGAGUGAACACACACACACAGACAGGCCCAGGUGGCGUGCGGGGACCAUGUGGUGGUUCCAGCAGGGACUCUGCUUCCUGCCGGCGGCGCUGGUCGUCUGGACGGCGGCGUCCUUCGUCCUGGCGUACAUCACAGCGGUGGAGCUGAGACACGUGGACCCUCUGGUACCCUACAUCAGCGAUACAGGAACCAUGGCGCCAGAGAGGUGUGUGUUCGGCAUCAUGCUGGACGUAUCCGCCUUCUUAGGUAUCUCUACAGUGUACGUCAGGUUUAAGCAGGUGGAGGCUCUGAUUGGUCCUGAUGAUGUCAGACUGAGGAGGUUGAACCUGAUUGGUCUGCUGCUGGGACUGGGCAGCUCCUUCGGGAUGUGUGUGGUCGCCAACUUCCAGAAGACCACCCUGUUCUCCAUGCACCUGGUGGGGGCGGUGCUGACCUUCGGGGUGGGGGCUCUCUACAUCCUGGUCCAGACUCUGUUGUCUCUGUGGAUGCAGCCGCUGGUCCACAGCAGGACGGUCUACCUGGUCCGCCUGGGGGUCUCCGUCUGGACCCUCAGCAGCAUCAUCAGCAUGUUCGUGUCGUCAGUCAUCAUGUACAGCAGUCUGCCGGGAGUCGACGUCGCUCACAAGCUGCACUGGACUCCUGGAGAGACGGGUUACACGGCUCACAUCAUCAGCACCGUGUCUGAGUGGUCUCUGGCCUUCUCCUUCAUCAGCUUCUUCCUCACCUACAUCAGAGACUUCCAGAAAAUCACUCUGCGAGCCGAAGCCGACCUGCAGAGCUCCGACCUGUACGACUCGUGGUCGCACGCCGGCCGCACUGCGGCGCCGCCGCUCAAACACGACGAGUCGUCUCCGCUGCUGGCCGGAGGAACGUGACGAACGCCGGAGGAACGUGACGAACGCCGGAGGAACGUGACGAACGCCGGAGGAACGUGACGAACGCCGGAGGAACGUGACGAACGCCGGAGGAACGUGACGACCUGUUUAACUCUUUCUAAUCGGCUCUAAAUGCUUUUUAAAGAUAUUUUAUAGACUCUCAGAUCUGCUGAAGUGGCUCUUAGAGGAUUAAACUGAAUCUGUCCAGUCAGAUGUUUUGGGUUUUAUUAGAGCUGUAACUGACAAACUGGAAUAAAUAAAAACAAAGUAUCUGACUGGAGAGAAAUGAAGGUGAAGAGAGAUUUUAAUGUGUUUAAUUUGGGUGAAAUGACCCUUUAAAACCAAAUAUGACGCUUUGCACUUUAUAUCUCUUUUUAUAUUUCUUCUCCUGCUGUUAAACCUGAAACCUUCCACUGUCUUCAUGUCCCAGUUCAUCUUUUCACUGGUUGAUGUUGAAGUUGGAUGAUUAAAGUGUCCAAAUGAAGCUUCAUGAACCAUAAACUCUAUUAAUCUACAUCAGGGGUCUCAAACUGGCGGCCCGCGGGCCAAUUGUGGCCCCCGUGACAAUAUUUUGUGGCCCCCACCUUGAUAUGAAAGUUUGUGUCUUUUUUAGUCAUUUUGUGUCUUUUUGACGUCAUCUUGUGGUUUGGGAAACACUGAUUGAUAUUUUUAUACAUUUUAUUAACCAAACAACUAAUCGAUUCAUCGUUUAAAUAAUCGACAGAUUAAUCGAUUAUUAUUUUUAUUGUUAUUGUACUGAAGAAGACUUGAAGCUAGCAGUAGAGAUCAUAAUAAUAAUAAUAAUAAUAAAGUGAUGAGUCGUCUCAUUUAGUAUUGUGAUAGAUAGGACCGGACUUCUUCGGUGUCGCCCCCUGCUGGACUUUAGAGAGGUUGCAGGUUUCCUUCCUGCUCAGAGCGGGAGGUUACCGCCUGCUUCAGCCGGUCGCCAUGAAAUCAAACCGGUUUAAGAUACAAAACAUGAAUUAGACCCAAGUUCUCUACAUCAGUUCAGGUUCCCAACCUUUUAAACUAAAUUUUAACCUUUGUAAACUUUGUCUCGCCAACUUCUCGCUGCACGGUGAUGUAACUUUAUUAUCUUUGUAAUCAGUUUCUGCUUUCACGCCGCACCAAGUCUAUGUGGGUUUUUGGGUUUAAGAGGUUAAAUUUACAGUGUUAUGCUAAAUUACUUACUUUUGAGAAGAAGAAAAAACAGACCUUCAAACUUGCAUAAAGAUUAUUAUUAAAACUAGAAAUUUUAAUUUAAUAAAUCUUGUCCAUGCAGCAAGAUCAUUUCCCUCAGAUUUACUGUUUGAUCUGGUUUUAAACCUUUUUUGCAGUGUGAAAAACAACUAGACUUGUUUAGAUUUACAUUAUAACAAAUAAACCAAAGAAAACUUUUUUUUUUUUUUCAUUUUAAUCAAGACUUUUAUCAACCUGAUAUUUAAACCAGAUUUUGAAAACUUAAAUAUUGAUUUAUACAGUCAUGGAAAAAAAUAUUAGACCCUUGUUUUCUUCAAUGAAGAAGAGUAAGAAUGAAGAACUUACUUUUGAAAAGAGCAUUUGACAUUCUAACCUGCAUGAAGCGUUUCCGUGUGUUGUGAGCUUGUAGGCUUUUUUCUCAUUUAUAAAGUAUAGAUGUAGAUAUUUAACCGGUUAGAUUUAAAAUGAAGAGCGCUCCGUGGAUCUUUGUUGGGAAUCACUGCUCUGGAUGGUUCUCUGGGUUUAAAGAAGGCGACUGGUUGUGUUUGUUGAACAGAGAGCGCCAUCUAGAGGGCAGAACGUGGUUGAUGAAGCUUCAUGUGUCCAUCACUUUAGGUGGAUAGAAUAUCUGCUGGAGUUCAUGUGCUGCACUGGAUGCUUUCAUGUUUGAACUCUGAUAUCUUUUAGCUGCAUUACUUCAUUUUAACAAGUGUUUUAUCAGUAAAUACGAGAGAUGCACUGAUUGUAUUUGUACUUUUAUACUUUUUGUAUUUCCUGUCUGCUGGUAGUAACAACUAGAGUAAACACAAUAAUAAUACUGUAUGUUCAUUCCACUACAGGAGAGACUUUCUGAUGAGGUGUUGGGGGAAAAUAUCAGUAUCAAUAAUCUGCUAAAUGAGUUAUAAAAUAUAAGCAUAACAGAUAUUAUCACCACAGCCUUAUUAAUGCUCAUUGUAUUAUUUUCAGCCGACUAAUGUGUUUCCACCUCGUGUUUUAACAUUAAAUGUGUCUAAUAAACGUCCUGAAAA